AUGAGUUCCGGGAAGUUGUUAGAUUUUUUUACCAACGAUACGCCAACGUAUGAAGCCCAUCAGAAUAUAAUCGUGUCCCUUAAGACUCAACCGUGCAGUAACGUGCAUUCAGUACACGCGGAUGAGAGGUGCCUUUUCGUGCAGGAAACCGAACAUUGCCGUGAGUCGGCACAUUACAUCGAUUAUAUGCACUUUAUGUAUUGCAUAGUCGAUAGCUCAAAUGUGAUCCUGUUUGGCCUCGCAGUAACAGGUCUGUGUUUGAUAGCUCUGACGCUUGCGUGCAUCAUACACAACAUCUGCGUUCGCCGUUACGUCGAUGCGGUACUCUACGUGGCCAAGUCGUUACACCUGAACGAGUACAUUGCAGGCGUCACGCUGCUCACCUACGGCAACGGACUCCCGCAGGUACUGUCCAUGCUCAAGCAACACACAACCGGUGACACCGAGCUUAUCUUCAACCAGUACCUCGGGACGGCCGUCUACCAAACUUCCUUCCUGGCCGCACUGGUGAUCUCGAUGAGGCGUUUUUACAUCUACCCGGAAGUGAUCGUACCGAACAUUAUCACCCUGCUGGUGACUGCCAUACUUGUUGAGGCGUUCAUGUACAAGGAACAGGUUGGGAUCCUGAAGACGGUCAUCUUGUUCGUGCUGUAUGUGACAUUCCUCUCGGCGCUCUACACAAUUUCGCUCGUGCUUGACCGACAAGGGAACCGAUCGCGAAGUCAAAUAACUGUUCGAGAUGCUUCCGGCAACGCGUUGGAUAUAAGUCGCACCGAAACUGAUGGGAAUGAAGGAGAACAGAAUAGCAUAUGGCAAAUAUUGCGAACAUUACGACGGGGAGGAUUUCGUAACGCCAGUUUGUUUGGGAAGAUUAUCUCCCUAGGCAAUUUGCUUAUAGAAGCGAUUACAGCGAUGCUUCUCCCACAAGUGAACUAUGGCUUACCGCUUCACGGCUGGUCGAAACAUUUAUUCACGGUCAAUUUGAACUUGUUUCCCCUGUUCUUUAUCUACACGGCUUUUGUUGAUGUGUUGGACACACUGGAACUCGGAUACGUUUGCCUUGGCAGUCUGGCGACAACGGUUGUAUUAACAACCAUUAUUUAUUGCACCACCAGAACCGACCGCAAACCAUUUUUCUUCAACGCCUUAGCUCUUUUUACGGUGUUUGCGACCUCAUAUCUCGUAAUGCUCCUGAUGUACGAAAUGGUGGCCAUCCUUGAAACACUCUCCAUCAUUGCGAAAAUAUCUUCCGCUUCGUUCGUGAUCACCGUACUAUCCUGGGGUAACUGUUGGAUCGAUCUGGUUACCAGCAUUACCUUGGCCAAACGAGGAUAUCCAAGGCUCGCGUUUGCUGCUUGUCUUGGUGGACCUGUCUUCAAUAUUCUGAUCGGUUUAUGUACGGUAUUCUGUGUGCAGAUGAUACGGACCGGGUCCACCACAAUCCAUGUGCGCGAUGGCACAUCCGGUCCAACUUGUGCUGCGUAUCUGCUGGUGAUCACGCUAACACUGCUCCUCUCGGUGCUAUUCUCCCGCUUCCAGGCUCGCACGAGUCUUGCUUUCUGUCUUUUCACGUUGUACUUCACCUUUCUGGUGUACAUCGUGCUGUGCGAGUUUGAAAUAACCCACGGCUAUGGAACCGACCACAAUGACGAUGGCGAGUAUUUCCUGGAUAAAAUUCCUAACCAAAGAUGA